AUGCUGCGCCUGAGGAGCUUGGAGUUGAUCGCGGUCUUGUGCCUGAUCCAAUUGGCAUGGGCUGAACUGGUUCGCUUUCACAUUACUUUGACAUGGGAAGAUUGGCAUGAGGGCCCGGGGGCCACCAGGAAGAUGAUAUUUGCGAAUCGUCAAUUUCCAGCUCCUCCACUGCGCUUGAAUCAGGGCGAUGAUGUGGAGUUUCAUGUUACUAACCUGAUGAAUAAAUCCACUACUGUUCAUUUCCAUGGAAUCGAUCAAACAAACACUCCAUGGUCCGAUGGGGUGCCCGGUUUAUCACAGAAGCCAAUUCCUCCCGGCGGUCAGUUCCUAUACAAAUGGAACGCAAACCAAUAUGGAUCAUACUUCUAUCACGCUCACACUAGGGGCCAAAUAGAAGAUGGACUUUACGGGUCAAUUCGUAUUCAGCCCAGUGUUUCGGUCGAGAAGCCUUUCCAUCUCAUCACAAACAACACUUCCAAACGCCACAGAAUUGAGCUGGCGGAGCUGCGCACAUCUUCAAUCAUACUUUCUGAUUGGCGCCAGCUCACAUCGGAACAAUCAUGGAAUGCAGAGAAAGCAACAGGCCUCGAUUCGUAUUGUGUCGAUGCCCUUCUGAUUAACGGGAAGGGGUCCAUCCAAUGUCUGGGUCGUGCCACACUCGACAAGUACACAACGCCGGCGCAGAAAUCACUUCUUGACGGCAAGCAUCUGACAGAUACCGGUUGUAUGCCUCCGAUCAAAGCAUUGGAAGGGCCUUUCCCACAUAAUUAUAGCGCAAUUGUACCUACGAUGUUCUACGGCUGCCGUUCUCACCAAGGUCUGUCUGAAGUCUUCCAGGUAAAGGCCGCGGAUCGAUUCGUCAGCUACGAUCUCAUAAGUGCCGCAGCUACAAACACGUUGAUGUUCUCCAUUGAUGAGCACAAGAUGUAUGUGUAUGCCGUUGAUGGGCGGUACAUUGAACCGAUUCGAGUAGACGCCUUGUCCCUCGCAAAUGGCAAUCGCUAUUCUGUCCUUGUGGAGCUUGAUAAGCCAGUUGGCGACUAUACAGUUCGCCUGGCCACUGUCGGAGUUAACCAAAUCCUCAACGCGACAGCCACGCUAACAUACGAGAGAAACCACGCCUCUACUCAGCCUCCUCCCAAGAAGAGCUCCUCGAUUCCCUCGAUCGACAUCACAGGGAUGAACACCACUGCCAACACCAUCGUCCUGGAUGACACAGCUAUUGUUCCAUUUCCAGUCGAAACACCCUCUGGAACAGUUGCGCAGACUCAUAUAUUGAGGGUUGGACGCUACGAGAGGUCUUUUCGCUGGACCCUAGGCAACUCGAGCUAUGCCUUGGCCUUGGAAAAUAGCCAGCCGCUGCUUUUCAACCCCAACAGCUCUCUGGGCUACAGUGAUCUUACCGUCCGAACUCUGAACGAUACAUGGGUUGAUUUCAUCUUCGAUGUGUUCGAGCCUUUGCAACCACCUCACCCAAUCCAUAAGCACUCGAACAAAUUCUAUGUUAUUGGCCAGGGCCAGGGAGCCUGGAACUAUAGCUCUGUCGCAGAGGCCAUGGAACAUAUCCCAGAAAGCUUCAAUCUCAAAACACCUCAGAUACGAGACACCUAUGCCACGCCUGCUGCUUCGACAGGGCCAACUUGGCUGGCUUUGAGGUAUCACGUGGUCAACCCUGGAGCUUUCUUGAUGCACUGUCAUAUCCAGGUCCAUUUGAGCGGCGGCAUGGCACUUGCGAUUCUGGAUGGGGUUGAUAAAUGGCCGGUAAUACCAAAGGAAUUCCGCAACGCUGGACCGAACGCAUGA